ACGGCGGGGUCCUUCCGGGUCCUUCCUGCCCUGAGCCGCUCCGCCAGUCUCCUGACGUAAACCGACCACCGGAGAAAAAACGGUAAAUUAACCCGAAAUCCUGCUCGAACCGACCCGGUCCUGGGAGUUAUGAUGGGCAGUAAAACCAGUGCGCUAGCCGCCGGAGUGUGCGGCGCUCUGCUCGUCGGUUACUGCAUUUAUUUCGACAAGAAAAGACGGAGUGACCCCAACUUCAAGAACAGGCUGCGAGAACGGAGAAGAAAGCAGAAGGUAGCCAAAGAUAGGGCGGGCAUGGCAAAGCUUCCAGACCUGAAGGACGCUGAGGCGGUGCAGAAGUUCUUCCUGGAGGAGAUCCAGCUGGGGGAGGAGCUGCUGGCUCAGGGAGACUAUGAGAAAGGUGUGGACCACCUGACCAACGCCAUCGCAGUGUGUGGUCAGCCUCAGCAGCUGCUGCAGGUGCUGCAGCAGACUCUGCCUCCGCCCGUCUUCCAGAUGCUGCUCACCAAACUGCCCAGCAUCAGCCAGCGUAUCGUGAGUGCACAGAGUCUGAGCGAGGACGAUAUAGAAUGAGAUGCUCGAGAGGAAACGACCCCCCCCUCCUCCUCCUCCUCCUCUUCCUCAUGUAGACCCCUCCUUCCAUGACGACCUGCCAACGCCUCGGCCUCCAUCACUCCGGCCGACGUCCAUCACUUACCAUCAAGGUGUCCUUUAGGGAAUUAGUUUUUUAUUCCUGGUUUAUCGAUGACAGUAGUUUGUUUUUUUACUUAAAUUACCCGUUUUGGGGUAUUUAGAGUUUCUUGAUCAUAACGGCCUGAGAAACACGAGAGCCCGCCCCCCCCUUCCACCAUCAUUAGUUACGUACUGAUUAACUGGACGGGGGGUUAACAUGAAUCCGCUCCUUCCUUCAGGGUGGUGUCGCACACACCCCAGGUGUACUGUCUGACAGGUCUGUUCAUUAUAUCAGUCGUAGAAAGUUACGCUCUGCAAAGUAUUUAUUGUUUUCGUUAUCAGUCGUCUUUCUGUUCAGUCUCGACUCGGAAACACUUUUUAAAAAGUGAAGAAAUGUUUUGUUCUUUUUAAAGUGGACGACCCUCUUUAGGAAAGUACAAUAAAACAUGUGAACAAACGA